CCCUGCACGCGCGGCGGGCCCUCUUUCCCGCCUCUGCUCCGGCUGCUCGCCCCCCUGCCACCGCUCUCGGGCUCCGACCGGUCUCGCGCGCCGUCUUCUCGAGAGGGGCCUCGCGCCGCCCGGCGCGCGCCGCCCCCCUGCCUCGCGGCGCGGGGUCUCGCGGGCCCCGCUCCCGCCCUCCGCUCGCCUGGCCCGGACCGGAAGCGGCGCCGCACGGCCUGGGCCUGGCGCGGGGGGCGGGCACCGGGGCCCGGUCGGACAUGGGCAAGAAGCACAAGAAGCACAAGUCGGAGAAACACCUCUACGAGGAGUAUGUGGAGAAGCCCUUGAAGCUAGUUCUCAAAGUAGGAGGGAACGAAGUCACCGAACUCUCCACGGGCAGUUCGGGGCACGACUCCAGCCUCUUCGAAGACAAAAACGAUCAUGACAAACACAAGGACAGAAAGCGGAAAAAGAGAAAGAAAGGAGAGAAGCAGGUUCCAGGGGAAGAAAAGGGGAGAAAACGGAGAAGAGUUAAGGAGGAUAAAAAGAAGCGAGAUCGAGACCGGGUGGAGAAUGAGGCAGAAAAAGACCUCCAGUGUCACGCCCCUGUGAGAUUAGACUUGCCCCCUGAGAAGCCUCUCACAAGCUCUUUAGCCAAACAAGAAGAAGUAGAACAGACACCCCUUCAAGAAGCUUUGAAUCAACUGAUGAGACAAUUGCAGAGAAAAGAUCCAAGUGCUUUCUUUUCAUUUCCCGUAACUGAUUUUAUUGCUCCUGGCUACUCCAUGAUCAUUAAACACCCAAUGGAUUUUAGUACCAUGAAAGAAAAGAUCAAGAACAAUGACUAUCAGUCCAUAGAAGAACUAAAGGAUAACUUCAAACUAAUGUGUACUAAUGCCAUGAUUUACAAUAAACCAGAGACCAUUUAUUAUAAAGCUGCAAAGAAGCUGUUGCACUCAGGGAUGAAAAUUCUUAGCCAGGAAAGAAUUCAGAGCCUGAAGCAGAGCAUAGACUUCAUGGCUGACUUGCAGAAAACUCGAAAGCAGAAAGAUAGAACAGACACCUCACAGAGUGGGGAGGACGGAGGCUGCUGGCCGAGAGAGAGAGAGGACUCUGGAGAUGCCGAAGUACAUGCCUUCAAGAGUCCCAGCAAAGAAAAUAAAAAGAAAGACAAAGAUAUGCUUGAAGAUAAGUUUAAAAGCAAUAAUUUAGAGAGAGAGCAGGAGCAGCUUGACCGCAUCGUGAAGGAAUCUGGAGGAAAGCUGACCAGGCGGCUUGUGAACAGUCAGUGCGAAUUCGAAAGAAGAAAACCAGAUGGAACAACAACAUUGGGACUUCUCCAUCCUGUGGAUCCCAUUGUAGGAGGUUCUAUGGAGUCGGGGGAGGAGGGCUCAUGUCAAAAGAAGUCUGUCUUUAUUCAGUACUAUGCAGAGCCAGGCUACUGCCCUGUGAGACUGGGAAUGACAACUGGAAGACUUCAGUCUGGAGUGAAUACUUUGCAGGGGUUCAAAGAGGAUAAAAGGAACAAAGUCACUCCAGUGUUGUAUUUGAAUUAUGGGCCCUACAGUUCUUAUGCACCGCAUUACGACUCCACAUUUGCGAAUAUCAGCAAGGAUGAUUCUGAUUUAAUCUAUUCAACCUAUGGGGAAGACUCUGAUCUUCCAAGCGAUUUCAGCAUCCAUGAGUUUUUGGCCACGUGCCAAGAUUAUCCAUAUGUCAUGGCAGACAGUUUACUGGAUGUUUUAACAAAAGGAGGUCAUUCCAGGACCCUACAAGAGAUGGAGAUGUCAUUGCCUGAAGAUGAAGGCCAUACUAGGACACUUGACACAGCAAAAGAAAUGGAGCAGAUUGCAGAAGUAGAGCCACCAGGGCGUUUGGACUCCAGUACUCAAGAUAGGCUCAUAGCGCUGAAAGCUGUAACAAAUUUUGGCGUUCCAGUUGAAGUUUUUGACUCUGAAGAAGCUGAAAUAUUCCAGAAGAAACUUGAUGAGACCACCAGAUUGCUCAGGGAACUCCAGGAAGCCCAGAAUGAACGUUUGAGCACCAGACCCCCUCCCAACAUGAUCUGUCUCUUGGGUCCCUCAUACAGAGAAAUGCAUCUUGCUGAACAAGUGACCAAUAAUCUUAAAGAACUUGCACAGCAAGUAACUCCAGGUGAUAUUGUAAGCACGUAUGGAGUUCGAAAAGCAAUGGGGAUUUCCAUUCCUUCCCCCCUCAUGGAAAACAACUUUGUGGAUUUGACAGAAGGUAUGUACCCUAUUUUCUCUGGGAAAGUGGAAAGCUAUAGUGACUACAGUCAUCCCUCAGUGUCUGCCCAAGAUUGGUUCCAGGACCUCAGAUUUGGUAUCUACCCCACAAGGAUACCAAAAUCUGUAGAUGCUCAAGUCCCUAACAUAAAAUGUAUUUGCAUAUACCCUAUGCACAACCUCCAGUAUACUUUAAAUCAUCUCUAUAUUACUUAAUAUACUUCAUAGAAUGUAGUUAAUAUACUGUAUUUUUUUCAUUGUAUUUUUUUAAUUGGAUUUUUUCCCCAAGUAUUUUUGAUUGGCAGUUGGUUGAAUCUGCAGACGUGGAACCCAUGGCUAAGAAGGGCCAACUGUAAAAGGAACAUUAAUCUUCUCCCUUCAAAUAACACUUGAAAGGUUUUGUCUGUUUUUAAUGUAUAAAACUAUUCUUAGUUUUCCUUUUAUCUUGUCUAAAGAAUUAAUAAAGAUUUCCUGUGUGCAGAAGAGCCACAAUAGUAGCCUGAUAAUGCGCCUAGUGUUCAACCUUGGAUGUGGUAAAGAAUGGCUCUCAGCAGUUACACUUCUGGAUGGCAGCUUGACCUUCAUGUCCCCUUUUUAAUUAAAAGGUAAAAACAGUGUUAGAUUAAGUGAUGUCUUUUUCUUUCAGAUACUGAAGAACCUAAAAAGACGGAUGUUGCUGAGUGUGGACCUGGUGGAAGUUGAGGCUGCCUGGUAUUUGAUUAUAUAUUAUGUACAUACUUUUUCAUUCUUAACUUAGAAAUGCUUUUCAGAAGAUAUUAAAUAUUUGUAAAUUGUGUUUUUAAUUAAACUUUGGAACAGUGAAUUUGAAUGUUCCAGAGGUUGGACUUGUAUUAGGUAAUAAAGCUGGACCUGGGACUCAUCUUGGUGAUGUAUACAGAAAGGAGCCCUUGUGAGGAAGGAACGUGCUUGGGGCUGUUGCCAUACCUGCACAACAUUCUUUCAAAAUAGUGCCUGCCCGUGCUUCUUCCUUACGUCCCACAGACAGGACCAUCACUAAGGAACGUUCUUAAAAUGGCCCCAUCCAGUGAGAUUUUCCAUUAUACGAAUAUACUUGAAAUAAUUUUAGAAUUUACUAGUGUGGUUCUGCCCCUGCAUACCCAAUGGGAAUGAUGCCCUUGUACGGGUAAUUAGGCAUCUCCCACCCACCCCCGACAAAAGCACACUGGGAGUUUUAUAGCAAUGUCACAUGGCUAGUGUUUUUUGUUUUUUUUCCAUUUUUUUUAAAGAGUUACUAGUACUGUAGCAAAGUAAUAAGCCAAAUAAGAUAAACUAAGUCAUCCUUGAAUACAUCAGGGAGUUACCAGAUUACCAAAAGGUGACAUUUCUAUUUACUGUUUAUCUGAAAUACAAAGGUCAAGUACCCAAGCAGUUGAACUCUUAAGUAGGAGACCACAAGAUGCAUGGCCCCCUUUUUAUCAGCAAGCUGAGAUAAAUGGUGAUUUUUCUGAAUCUGUAUAGAACCUGUUAUACACAAGGGGAAAAAAUCAGGAUGGAGAUAGCCUUGUUCAGUGAACAAAUUAAGUUUGAAGGCCCUUAUACAGUCCUUCUAUAAAUCACCCAGGCAGGAAGCCAUUUGAUUUCCAUUUUCCUGACUGAAAGUAUUUAGGAAGAAGAAGUAGGGUAAAGGAAAAUUAAUUCCCCCAAAAGACUCAAAAUCUUAUGCUAAAAGAGUCAAAUUUUCAAGUUGUUUUAGAGACUACUUUUAAUCUCUAGUGAGUUCCUGAGGACCAAGAAAAUACUUAAAUUUAAAAUACCUUCGGAUAUUUGGGUUUUUUAAAUUGCUAAUUUAAUGUAUAAAAAGCAGCUAAACACUGGUAUUUAUAAAAAUGAAACAGCAUUUUGAAACAAAUGUUACGGAUCUAUAAAUACUCGUUAUAUAGAAUAAACCCUAGUUAUUUGCAUGCACCACCUCAAAUCAUGUUUCUUUAUAUUGACCUAUUAUAUACACAGAGUAUGCAGUGGUUAAUGAUCUUCUCUUCUGUUAGGAAAUUUCCCCAAUAAGGCAUAAAACUUCAGGUAUUAUUUUCACCAGUUAGGAGAAAUUGUAAGGAAGUCCCUGACCCAUAGAGAAGGUCACUGUUAGAUACUUGUUUCUGUCAUAAAACAGAAACCAGUAAAGAAAUAAUUUGGUAAUUUAAAAACAGGUUCAUAAAAAGAAAAUACCUGCAGGUAAUUUUUAUGGUCAGUUAUAUUGUAUAACCUGAACACUGAAAACUAAAAACGUACAAACUAUUAUUAUCUGAGCACAGCACAGUGCUUUAAUAGGAAAUAAAAAUGCAUGAAUGGUAAUCAAUCAGUUAUUUGUUAAACUCCCAACUGGGGUUUCUGUUACUGAAGAAAAAAACAACUUAAAUAUUGCAAGAGUACAAAUAAGCUGACCUCAGAGAGGCCCAGUGCACUGAUGUGUUUCCAUGUUAUAUUAGCAACAGAAACCUUCCUGACUUCCCAGGAGAGCCCCCGCUGGGCAGCCCUGGUCACUGCUAGAUCUUGAGAGCACAGAUUUCAGUAUAGUAUUCAUGUGAAACCAACCCUUCAUGUAAAAAGUUGGUGUGUAAAAAAGGCAACUUAAGCGAGCUAAUUGCCCCUUACCAGCAUUGUUGCCAUGCAAUUCCUUUAUACAGCAAGUUCUUCUAUUCACACUGAUUCCAGUUAUGUGCAGCACAUCAGAGCUGUCACUAGUCCACCCAGCAUCUUUGUGCAAGUUAGAAUACGCCUGCCCUUCCUCGGGCUAAUAAAGCCACACAUGACACAGCACAGGCAGGCCGGUUCAAUUUUCGUCCCCUCCACCACCACCCCCACACUUAGCUGUACUCUAAUUUGCAGUCAGGGGACAACUCAUCCCAGGACCCUAACAAGUCCAGUCAGUCACCCAGUCUGCAACCCUGUAUAAUCUUGUAAAGGCUCCUGUAUGCAAGACUUUCUGUAGAACUUCACGGGGUUCAUGGUGACAUCUAGCUAAGAAUCCCUGCUAUGUAGGGAAACUGAGUACAUUAGAAAUCCUGGCGAUGCUCUGGUGAUGAGGCCACUGGUUAAGUCUUUUGGUUAUGAAGUCCCUUCAGAAAAAGGCCCGGGCAGUUUUGUUAUUUCUCACCCUGUUACAGUUAGGUUGACUUUCAAUUCCUUGGAAAGUUGAAGCACAGGUAAGACACAUCCCCAAAACCUGGCUUUUUGCCUUUGCCUCGACUCGUGCAGUUUCAAAGCAAGAACGGCUCAGCAUUUGUGAGGGGGCGGGCUUCCCAGAUCCAGGAGCCUGUGCACACACCCAUGCCGAGUAGAUCCUUGUAGUUUUGAAGCUCUCCAAAGUUAGUUAGCUGUGAAGACUAAAGGAGAGAUGCACUCACAGGUUGUCCAACUUAUCUCUAAACAGAAUCCAUUCCUUUCCAGUAAGAAAAGUAAGAUACAGUUGAAGGACGGCAGGGGAGAACGCAAAGAUGCGUGAGUGAUCAAGGAAGAGCUGAAAGGCCGCACCUUACUUUCUAGGCACCUCUCUCCAGAAUGCUUGCCUCACAAGCUGCCUCAUUCAAAGGCAAGGCUCCGCUGCUCCCUGCCUUCUUGCUGUGACCACUUUCCUCAUUCCUCAGGACUCCACCCCCACAGCCAGCUGACACUGGACAGUAGUCCUCCCUAUGUGUCAGUGGUUAAAAAGGCAGAGCAUACACUGGGAGGAAGAGAUUCUUGUCUACUAGCUAAGAAGUACAUUCAAAAGGAUAAAACCCCCAUUAAUGUAUUCAUUUAAAACAAACAUACCAGACAAGGCAAAAAGCAACAGUG